GGUUAGUUACAAAUGACAAAUGGCACUGGAUACGUAUUGUAUUGAUAUUUUUUCGUAAUUAUACCAUAAAUUACAGUCCCAUAUUGCUAAUUCACGAUGAAUUUGAAAAUGGAUUUAAAGCAUCACAGGCUUAAUCAGAAGCAUGACCAGAAAAUUGACAAUAUUGAUUCAACUUUUCAGAUUUUUAUUAAAAGUCUAGCCAAAUAUCAUUUCCAAGUGAAAGCAAUAAUACAGGAUAUAUUAGAAUGUAGAACUUCAAUGAGAGCAUUAAAUGAAUUGAAUGAAAAAGGGAGACAUCAAAUUAGACUGUUAAGAGAUGAAUUAGAAAAUUUGGAAGUAUAUGCCAAUGACACAGGGGAAGAAAGGUACUUUCUGGAACUAGUAUCACAGAGGCAUCUUUUGUCGGGACUGUUAAAGGACUUUAAAGAAGCGAAUAUCAGCAGCAUGUUUGCUAUAGAAAAAGCACAAAGAGAUCAUCUUCUUCAGUCGGUGGAUGGAGAGGAGAGUGGAGUUAAGAAUAGAAAGAAGAAAAUUGAUAGAGAUGGUUUAUUACAAAUGUCCACAGGUGUGACAGAGCAAUUGCUCACAAUAAGUAGACAGUUAGCGGCAACAACACAGAGAAGUCAGGAUACAUUGGACAAUUUGGUAUCAUCCAGCUCGGCAGUGCAUGGCACUCAAGCGGAACUAUUAAACACAGGGAGCACAAUAUCACAGUCAAGCAAAUUACUAAAGAAAUAUGGCCGACGGGAAUUCACUGAUAAAGUCAUCAUGUUUUUCGCAUUUCUCUUCUUUCUAGCUGUUUGUUUGUAUAUUGUACAGAAAAGAUUGUUCUGAUUUAUUUAUUAUAUGUCACAUAAAUUAUAACGCAAUUCUUCAUUAAUUAAAUAUCUCUUUAAUCCUAUUUUAAUGUGGUAUUGUAAAUAAAUGUGUUUUAGUACUGUA